AAAGAUAAAAUUUGCAAUUUCUUACAGAUUGGUGAUUAUGGCCCAAUGUGGGUUUAUCCUACCUCUACAUUUGACUGUGUGGUGGCAGAUCCCAAAAAAGGUUCUAAAAUGUAUGGUCUCAAGAGCUACAUUGAAUAUCAGCUGACCUGCACUAACACUAAUCGGUCUGUCAACCACAGAUAUAAGCACUUUGACUGGUUGUAUGAGCGUCUCCUCGUUAAAUUUGGAUUAGCCAUUCCAAUCCCGUCACUUCCAGACAAGCAAGUAACAGGGCGCUUUGAAGAAGAAUUUAUCAAAAUGCGUAUGGAGAGACUGCAAGCAUGGAUGACAAGAAUGUGCCGCCAUCCUGUUGUUUCAGAAAGCGAAGUUUUUCAGCAGUUUCUCAAUUUCCGAGAUGAGAAGGAGUGGAAAACUGGAAAGCGGAAGGCAGAAAAAGAUGAAACUGUAGGAGUCCUGAUAUUUUCUACAAUGGAACCAGAAGCUCCCGACUUGGAUAUGGUGGAAAUAGAACAGAAAUGUGAUGCAGUGGGUAGGUUCACCAAAGCAAUGGAUGAUGGAGUUAAAGAGCUGCUGACAGUGGGACAAGAGCACUGGAAGAGGUGUACAGGGCCACUACCCAAAGAAUACCAGAAGAUAGGAAAAGCGUUGCAGAGCCUGGCACUGGUCUUCAGCACUAGUGGAUACCAAGGAGAAUCUGAUCUCAAUGGCGCAAUAACAGAAGCAGGAAAAACCUAUGAAGAAAUUGCCAGUCUUGUAGCAGAUCAGCCCAAGAAAGAUCUUCACUUUUUGAUGGAAACAAAUCAUGAAUAUAAGGGAUUUCUUGGUUGCUUCCCAGACAUCAUAGGAGCUCAUAAGGGAGCAAUAGAAAGAGUGAAAGAAAGUGAUAAAUUAGUUGCAACCAGUAAAAUAACCCCACAAGACAAACAGAACAUGGUGAAACGCGUGAGCACCAUGGCUUAUGCACUACAAGCUGAGAUGAAUCACUUCCACAGUAACCGGAUUUAUGACUACAACAGUGUCAUUCGUCUGUAUCUGGAGCAGCAGGCACAGUUUUAUGAAACGAUUGCACAGAAGCUGAGGCAGGCACUCAGCCGCUUUCCUGUGAUGUAG